UAAGAACAAAGACGUAGAAAGUGAAAGAUGGUGUAAUGAUGUUUUAUGGCUCAUGAUGUAAUACACACACAAAGGCAAUCGUAGUUUUUUUUUUUGUUUUUAAAGAAAAGAAGUUAAAAGCACAUGCUAGUAGCCGACACUAUGAAGUAAAGUCCAGCGAACGUGAAAGCCUAUCACUUUUUUUGAGAUCUCUCUCUCUCUUUUAUGUAUAUUCUUCACUCUGACUUUGUCUGAAAACUAGAUCUGUCUCUCAAUGGCUUCUCCCCUUCUCCCAACUUCAACUCCUCCUGAUCACCUCCCAACAGGUGGUGGUGAUCCACAGUUGCUGAGCUCUCUACGCGUCCUCUUUUCCCGCGUUGUAUCCUCCGUCCGUCACGCUACAUCAGACGCUCGUCCCUGGGCUGAACUCAUCGACCGGUCAGCGUUCUCACGGCCACCAUCUCUCUCAGAAGCAGCGUCGCGAGUAAGAAAGAACUUCUCCUACUUCAAAUCAAACUACAUAACCUUAGUAGCAAUCUUGCUCGCGGCCUCUCUCCUCUCUCACCCUUUCGCGCUCUUCCUCCUCGCGUCCCUCGCCGCUUCUUGGCUUUUCCUCUACGUGUUCCGCCCCUCGGAUCAGCCGCUGGUCAUCGGAGGACGCACGUUCUCCGACCUGGAGACGCUGGGGAUGCUCUGUCUUUGCACUGUGGUGGUGAUGUUCAUGACGAGCGUCGGUUCGCUCUUGAUGUCUACUCUGGCUCUUGGGAUGAUGGCUGUGGCCGUGCACGGCGCGUUUCGUGCGCCUGAAGAUUUGUUUCUUGAGGAGCAAGAAACCAUUGGGUCUGGUCUUUUUAACUUCUUUAACCAAAAUGCUACAAACGCAGCAGCUGCUGCUAUUGCCACCUCCGCCAUGUCAAGAGUUCGAGCCUAAGCUUAUUAAACAUAUACCAUUUUUCAACAUUUGCCAAAAAUGUGAUAAAAUUAUUCAUAUAUUUGUAUACUAUUGAAUUUAUUCACUCCUUUCGUUUUUAUUACUCGUAAUAUUUCAGUUUUUGUUAAUUUAUUCCUCGACAAUAUGUGGACUUGGAUGUAAUAAAAUCUUCUAAACUUGUUUAUGGAGUA